AUGACAGAAAGUAAUGAGCCUUGGAAAGCUGACCUUCAAGACUUUAAAAAAGAAGUGUUAGAGGAGAUGGUGGAUAUGAAGCAUAGUCGGGAUGCAUAUUCAACUAGGACAGAAACAAAAACGUCCCCAUUCGUCGAUGAAGUGAUGCAAGCUCGGCUGCCGGAAAGGUUUCUCCUCCCGCAGAUUACACCUUUCACAGGCAAAACCGACUCAACUGAACACAUCGAAUGUUUUCGAACAUAUACGGAACUGCAUAAUGCCUCGGAUGCCGUGAUGUGUCGGACUUUCUCCCUCACGACCCGACUUUGGUUCAAGCAGCUAAAACCAAAGUCCGUCAGCAUGUUCGCAGAACUCAGCGAUGCCUUUCUCACCAAUUUCAUUGGCGGGAAGAAGUUGAAGCCCCCUGUGCAUCUGAACAAUAUAGUUCAGAAAGAGGGAAAGCUACUGAAAGACUACAUCAAACGUUUCAACUUUGAAUCACUCCAAGUUCAGAAACAUUCAGAGGAGACGACACUCAAUUCCAUCAUGCAAGGCGUUAGGGAUAAGCCGUUUCUGGCAUCCCUGGACAAGAAUCUGCCUGAGACUUUGGCUGAAUUCAUGACUCGGUCAGAUAAAUACGGGGACGCUGAGGAAACAAAAAACUUGCGUAAGGCCGCCCAGAAUGCAAAAACUCCAACCAAAGAGUCAGCCAAAAAGGAAGUUGAUUCGGCUGGAGGAAAGAAGCGUAAGGACGACCGAACACGAGAUGAACGAAAGUCGGGUAAGCGACCUAACCGAAGGUUUUCUACAUACACCCCGCUUAAUAAACCUCAAGAGCAGGUGCUGAUGGAAAUCAAGAUUGAAAGAUUUGUCAGCUGGCCGAAUAAGCUUCGGAGUAAUCCAAACCGGCUGAAUAAGGAUAAAUAUUGCCACUACUAUCGUGAUCAUGACCACAGUACGAGUGAUUGUUAUCACUUGAAGGAAGAGAUCGAAAGGCUUAUCCGAGAAGGCCGGCUCAGAGAACACGUCGAAAGAACCGGGACAGUGGAAGAAUGCUCGGGGGACAACCGACCCAUGGAGAAAAUCUGGACUAUUGUCGGUGGUCCCCGCGGCGGAGGUGACUCAAAUAAUGCUCGAAAAAGUCACGCCAAGAGCAUUGGUCGACCCGAGUCCGAGAUCCUGAUCAUAGCUCAGCCUUCAAAGGAAAAGAAGAGAGAAAAAUAUUGUAUCUCGUUCACCGAUGAAGACGCUCGAGGCAUUCAUAGUCCUCAUGAUGACACAUUAGUUAUCACUCUGACCAUCGCAAACCGAAGGGUGUUCCGCAUACUCGUCGACAUAGGAUCUUCUGCUGACGUACUUUUCACUCGGGCAUUUGACAAAUUGGGUAUUGAACGAUCGACCUUAUGGCCGGUGAGUACCUCAAUGAUCGAAUUCUCGGGAGGACAGAUACUCCCAGAAGGUAUCAUUUCGCUGCCACUUGCUGCUGGAAGCCCUCCGCAUCAGGCGACAGUAAUGGUCGACUUUCUGAUAGUCGACCAGUCAUCCGUUUAUAAUGCGAUACUUAGCCGACCCUCUCUGAGUCUCCUCCAAGCUGUGGUAUCUACAUACCAUCUCUCUAUGAAAUUCCGACUGAGUUGGGAGUAG